GAGAGAGAGAGAGAGAGAGAGAGAGAGAGAGAGAAAGAGAGAGAGAGAGAGAGAGAGAUUGAGAUUGAGAGAUUACAAAAGUAUACAAAAGUGUAGAGAAAGCCUUGAGGUGUGUGAGAAAGGAGGUCCCAAGUGGGCUCUGGGAUGCGAAUGUGGUGCCUUCUAUGGUGAGAACGGCAGCAGUCAGGACAACAGGGAAAGCUGCGAGAGUCUGGAGCGGUUGUUACAGAUAUAAAGACUUUUCCGACACGGAAGGACGGAGUCUCUGAAUGCUGGGGAGUGGUGCUGUCAGAGUCGGGAGCUAGGGUCUGUGGUGCCAUUGCAGAUUCUUCCCACAGGAACAGCCAGGAGAUCCCCAAAUCUGUAGGGGUGGGUCUGAUGCUAAGACCCCGUUCCCCAAUUGGUUCUUGACCCAUCAAUAAAGAUGCUAGCAGCCAAUGAGCUGGGUGGAAUAGGCGGGACUUCUGGGUCCCUGUAGGCUGGACUGCAGACGCGGGAGAGAGGAGAGGAGUUCUCGCCAUGCUUGGGAGGGAGAAAAGCCAAUCAGCCGCGUGAGAGUGACCACAGACAGCUUUUCCAGGCGGGAGGCUGGGGUGUUGAGCUGGGACUGAGGAUGGUUGAGCAACUGAAGUUGACUGCAGAGAGAAUGCUGAGCUGGGAGUACUGGGAAGGGCACGCUAGCCGUGAUAGGUUGGAGGCGCCCAGCAGUUGAGCCAAAAGCCGGUUGAAACUGAAUCUCUCUCUCUCUCUCUCUCUCUCUCUCUCUCUCUCUCUCUCUCUCUCUCUCUCUCUCUCUCUCUCUCUCUGUGUGUGUGUGUGUGUGUGUGUGUGUACGCGAGUGCGCUUUAUCCACGAAUCCAAUAUUCUCUGGGCGGGGACUGGUAGCACAGCCCGUUCCCACAGCAUCAAGGUGGGGUAGCAAAAGCUUCACACUACACGAAUCUACUCCCUGGUUCAAAUCUUGACUCUGCCAUUAAGUAUGCAAAAUGCCAAGUCACUUAGCUUCUCUGUGCUUUAAGUAAAAGUGGAACAAGCAGAACCUGUCCCAUGAGGCUGCUGCAGGGCUAAAUGACUUCGAAUGCUCGUAGGUCUAGCUCAGUCAUGCACGUGUUUGGUACUCUGCUGUGUUGAUGUGCUUGGGGAUAAGCUCUCCUAUGUAAACCCACAAGAGAAACACAGGGGAGAGGACACUUACAUGACUGGAUGGCAGACGGUGGGAGAGCACCGAUGGUAUAGAUCCUGAGUGGACCGCAAGGCAGUGGGAGAGCGCCGAUGGUAUGGAUCCUGGGUGGAUCGCAGGGUGGUGGGAGAAUGACGAUGGUAUGGAUCCUGGAAUACUCCGUGUGGCAAUAGAUUAGAGUUGGAGACCUUGGCAUGAACUCACAAUUUAAGUCUCACACGGAUAGUUAUGCAUAGAAAUGUCUAGAGUUUUGUGUGUGUGUGUGGGGUAUAUAGCAAGAGGUAUGUGGCAUGGGAGUAGGGUGAUAAAGACUUAGGAAAUAUGAAGGGUUCUCCAGUCAGCGAGGAUUCAGUAGGAGUAUGGCAUUCUGCUCAGGGGACCCCACAAUAUUUUGGUCUAGAAGGAAAUACAGGAAGUUGCGGGCUAUAGCAGGGCCUAUAAAUCCUUGGGGCAGAGUGGACACAGGGUCUCCUUAGAAAUCCCUGGCUGGCCUGGAACUUUCUUUGCAGACCAGGAUGGCAUUGAACUCAGAUCUGCCUGCCUCUGCCUCCUGAGUGUUGGGAUUAAAUGGGUGCUCUGCCACAGCCAGUGACCCUUUAAGUCUAGAGAAGCAUCCUGAGUCUGAACUUGGCUGUCACAGUCCUGGAGGCUGAGUGUGUGUAGCUCAGUGGCAGAGCCCGGCAGAUACAAGGCCCUGGGUUCUAUCUCCAGCCUUGACACACAGUCACUCUUAGAGUCCCUAGCAGUUCCGGGUGGGACUGGAGAAGGGAGAGCCCAGGUGGUAAGCACAGGGACGGAAGAAAGAGAAGGUGAAUGAGAAAGCCUGGGAGGGAGAUAGGGAAGAGGAACAUGGAGGCCACGGGAAGGAGCUGAGCAUGGGCAGCCCAUGGGCUGGGCCGAGCAGAGCAGAGCCCCAGGCCUAGUCACACAUACAGUCUAGAGAAUCACCCCCAUCUGUCCCACAGAAGAGUUGGGGAAGCCCUGGAGGAACAUAGGCCCCCAGAACUUUUUUGAGACUGGGUUUAGACUUUGUUUGUGUGAGAGGGGCUCGGUGUUUACAGAAGUUGGGCAUUGUACCGGGAACCACAAAGAAAGGGCCAGAGGAAGAGGCUCAUUGGAUUUGGUGGCCAGUGACCCCAAGGGGCACAGUUUGGUGGGGACAAGGACAGAAGGUAGGUGCAUAGGCCAAGGACAACUCCAGAGACAGGGAUGAUUAGAACAGUUCUCUCUUGCUGUCCUUCGGCCUGAGUGCGUUCUCAUCUGUAUCACACCUGUGUGGUCAGAGUUGAUGACAAACACCCAGUCUCCCAAGGUUUGAAGUCAAGAUGUUCUGAAGGCUAAGCCGGGUGUGGCUGUAGGCACGGCCCUGCAAUCCCAGCCCUCGAGAGGUGAAGGAAGGAGAUUAGGAAUUCAAGGCCAUUCUUGGCUACAUAGUGGAUUCCAGACUAGGCUGGGACACUUAAGAACCUACCUCCAAAAUCCAAAGCCAAUCUCCUCCCCUAGAAAUGACACUUGGGUGAAUCCAAAUGGAAAUGUGACAGGGCAGGUGAGUCCCCACGGGGAUGGUUUUAAGCCUUGACAGCAGAGGUAGAAAGGACAGGACAGGACUCUGCCAGGGUCUUCUAGCCCCAGUGGCCAGACACAUUCAGAGCCCGAAUGAGGACGAGUCUCACACUCACAGCACUCACACUCACAGCAUUCACACAACACUCACACACUCACAACACACACAGUACUCACAGUCACAGCACUCACAGUCAUAGCAUUCACACACUCACAAUACUCACACUCACAGCACUCACACUCACAAUACUCACACUCACAGCACUCACAGUCACAGCACUCACACUCACAGCACUCACACUCAUAGCACUCACACACACACAGCACUCACAUACACACAGCACUCACACUCACAGCAAUCACACUCAGCACUCACAUACUCACAGCAUUCACACACACAUAGCACUCACACACACAACACUCACACAUACAACACUCACACACUCACAAUACUCACACUCACAGCACCCACACACAACACCCACACUCACUGCACUCACACACUCACACACACAACUCACGCACACACAGCACUCAUACACUUGCAUGCUCACAGCACUUACAGAACUCACACACUCAGCACAUACUCAUAUCACUCACACUCACACACUCACAGCACUCACUAUCACCAUCACCACCACCACCACCAUCAUCAUCACCACCACCACCACCAUCAUCAUCACCACCACCACCAUCAUCAUCACCAUCAUCAUCAUCACCAUCAUCACCACCAUCAUCAUCAUCAUCACCACCACCACCACCAUCAUCACCACCACCACCACCACCACCAUCAUCAUCACCAUCAUCACCACCACCAUCAUCAUCACCAUCAUCACCACCACCAUCAUCAUCAUCACCACCACCACCACCACCAUCAUCACCAUCAUCACCACCACCACCACCAUCAUCAUCAUCACCAUCAUCACCACCACCAUCAUCACCAUCAUCACCACCACCAUCAUCAUCAUCACCACCACCACCACCACCAUCAUCACCAUCAUCACCACCACCAUCAUCAUCACCAUCAUCACCACCACCAUCAUCAUCACCACCACCACCACCAUCACCAUCAUCACCAUCACCACCACCAUCAUCAUCACCAUCAUCAUCACCACCAUCACCAUCAUCACCACCAUCACCAUCAUCACCACCAUCCUCCAGUUCUUGCACCCUUCCUGCCCUUCUUCCCUGAUGUUCCCUGAGCUUUAGAGGGAUGAUGAUAAUGGUAUCUCUUUUUAAGAUGGAGCGCUCAUGGCCACUAUUCCCCACAAAUAUAUGAGUUUGGUCAUGUGAUUAUAUGUUGGGAGCAUUUAUCUAUAGCACUGACAUCUAGUGCUUUUACUACCACCUUUAGCUUUCUUCUGACAUCUUUACUAGGUCAUAGUUGAUAAGCAUGUUAAUAAGAUGUCUUUACUCCACCAAUCCCCCCGAGGACAAGUCCUUAGCCAUGCUGGCUGUUUUGUACUUAAGGCAAGUGCCUUUGUUCCCCGGGUCCCCGUACUAUCAAUUAGGUGUUCCUGCAAUAAAGGCUGAUUGAGAAGGAUCCAACGGUGUUGCGUCUUCCUUGCCGGUCGAGGUGGGCGCGACAACUGGUGGCCCAUACGGGACCCGAGAAAAUUAUCUUUUCUCGUCUGGAUCCAGAACUUUUUCAGCCUCAGGACGGUCAACGAUGGUAAGUUCCCAGUAGGGGCAGUUAGUUGCCGGAAUUGGGACAAUAGAGUUCCUAGAAGUGGAACGGUAAAGUUCCUGAAGUUGGGACGAUAAAGCUCCGGGAUAAGGGAUUGUAAAACUUCCCUAGUAGGACAAUAAAGUUCUCUGGAAAAGCAGAGACAAUGAUAGCCUUGGUUUAGAGGCAAAAAGGGGUUUGUGGAGCACGGUAAUGUUGUCUUUUCCAUUUGAUCCUUUGUGGGUUGGACUAGCACUUUUGCCUUAUACUCUUUUUGUGUUGUGGUGUUGCUUCUGUCUGAAUUGCCACCGUCCAGGGCAUGAAUGCAUUUGUUGGGAAGAGUCCAUGAUGAGCCACAAGAUCGUGUGUAAAUAAACACGCCAGCUCGCCAGCUCCCCUUGCUUGUAAAUCGAUCGUAAAUAAGGUCGUAAAAGCAUGGGAAGCUCACACUCCACCCGGCUCCUGUCAGCUCUUCAGGAUCUUCUUGGUUAGCGUAAGCUUAAAAUUGAAAAGAAAAUCCUGCUGAGUUUUCUUGAUGAGUGUAACCGUGUGCCCCGUGGUUUAUAGUGUCAGGGUCGCUCACUUUGAGAGCAUGGGAGAAGCUGGGAAAAGAUCUGGAUAAGGAGACUACAGUGGGCAAGCUUAAACCAGGGACAAGGCCGCUUUGGCGUAUGAUCCGUGCCUGCUUGGAAGAUAAACGAUGUGAAGAAGCUGUUAGGACAGAUCAGAGAAUCCUUACAGAGCAACAGGAGAGUAUGUCAGAAGGAGAGAAAGUUUUGAAGGAAGGAAAGAAAAGAAAAGGAGGAAAAGAGGUAAAAGAAAAGGCAGAAAAGAUCAAGGAGAGGAUAGACAAAGGCGAGAAUAGUAAUCAGGAUCUAGGAACAAAAAAAAAAAUUUAUCCCUCAUUAAAGGCAUUGACCUUGGAGAUGUCUAGUGAUUCAGAGUUUAGUGAUAGUGACUUAGCUGACCUUGAGGAGGAGGUAGCUCAUUAUGAGAAAGAGAUUUAUCAUUCUGACUUGCCAAACACUUACGCUGUGCAGAAACAAGCCAAGGACUUAAAUAAGAAGGCAAUUAUGCCAACAGCACCUCCUGCACCCCCGUAUAACUUUCAAGGUAAAACAAUGGUGAAGCCUGCAGGAAGUACUUCUUUUUGCCCGGAAGUAUGGAAAGAGUUAGGAUUGAGUUUUCCAGUUUUUCUGGAUGCAAACGGGCAGCGACAUCAUGAACCUGUUGACUUUAAGACAAUAAAACAAUUAACAGAGUCAGUCAAAACCUAUGGAGUCAACUCAGCUUUUGUUAUUGCUCAAAUUGAGGCUCUUGGCAGAUACUGUCUCACCCCUGGAGACUGGGGGAGUUUAACCAGAGCCUGCCUCUCUCCGGCUAUGGAGCAGGUGUAGUGAAAGGAAACUUAAUUUUAUGGACCCCGCUCUAGUGGCGGUGUGUUGGUUGAUAGCCAACCUUAAUUUUUGAAGCAUAGUGUUUUAUCUGUGCUUGUGCUCCCAACCCACACAGUAGGGGGGAGCGAAACUAGCUGCGGAGCUGCUACAGUGAACAUGGAGACUGCUCAGUCUCACCCAAUUUUUCUGGCUCUUCAGGAGCUGUUUAAAAGAAAAAGGCUUAGGAUAAAAAGAAGCACUAUAGAGAGAUUUCUUAGUGAGUGCGAUUGCCAUUGCACCUUGGCUGCUCUCUGGGAAUCUCAAGGUGGACAGCUAAGAAAAGCUGGGAAAGAUUUAAAUUUUGCUUGGGAACAAGGAACCUUAAAGGGACAGGCUGCGUUAGAAAUGCUACAGGAGGAAUGAUCUGAAAAGGCUGAGAGUGAGGUGGGGGAGGACUCUAAGGAAAACAAGAACAAGAAAAGAAUUUCUGCUUUUAGUGGCCAGACCUUCAACUUUUGCUCACAGAAAGAGAGUGCUCAUUAAGAGAAGUUCUUUCAGGGAGCUUGCCUUAUCUCUUGGUUUUAUUCCAAGAGAGGAGUCAGUCUCCAGCAUUAAGUUAUUUUUCUCGUUAGUCAUCAUUAACAUGGAGAGUGCCUUUGAUCCUAUCCCCACAGCAGCCAGUUCCUGCCCCUGUGGUCAAAAUGCCCCAGGUUGGGGGACAGAGAAGCCCCUCGGACUACAAAACUGCCAACAGCCAAAGGACGAGAUAAAAAUAAUAAGGACUUGAAGAUCCGAUCCUUCUCCUGAUUUAGUAGCUCUGUUCCAAGAACCAGGGGCCAUAAAACCUUUUGGCCCUUAUCUCCUGGAGCCAUAAAACAGGGACGUAUUGGGGUAAGAUGGGCUAGAAAAGGCCUCGAUGAUUUGGGCUAGCAUGAGUAAAACUUGUAAUAAAAAAGAGACAAGGUAAUGGUAAAGUGUUUUUGUGUAUGCAUUCUUUUAGGGUUAUGUUUUAGUCUUUGGACCCUGAUUAGAGACAGUUUACACCCUAGACAUGAGAGAGAAUGGGUUUGGGAAAAACAGUCCUCCCAGACUCUCCACAGAUGCUUUGGAGAAAGAGAAAAACUUUCAGAGCUCUCCUGGGAACAGAAGAAAGGUAGGAGAUGUCCUGCCUCUCUGCUGGCUCCUAUUAGAGAAAUGCUUAUUUCUGGUUCUGAACUCCAUAGAUAAGAUAUCUGAGUCCUUUCAGUGGGACACCAUCUAGUUUUUUCCCUCUAUGUCUAUUGUCUGUCCUUGGUGCACCAAGCUGUCCAUGUCUGUCAGUUUAUGUCUGUGGUUUUUGUUUCUCAUUGUUUAAAUGUUUUAUGUUUCAUGUUCAAAAGAAAAAAUGGUAAAAACUUUAUCUGUCGGUCAUUCACACCUUGAUUUGGUCUUAACUCGUUUCUGAAAAGAGAACAAAUGAAUAAAAAGCAGUUUCAAUCGGCCUUUGGAGCCCUGUACCUGCAGCAAAGAGCCUAGGUCAGCUGGAGAAGCUGCCCGGGGGCGGAGCAUCUGCAGGAGCUGAUCUUAAAGGUGCCAGCAGCUCCUCAGCUUCUUGGUAUGGGAGCUGAUGUCUGUUUCUCUUAGAAAAAUCCCUGACUUGUUAUUAGACUUAGCAGGUGACAAGGUGUUUCUUUUAAAAUCACAGCUAGAAAAGCAAAAAUGGUGCUUGGUCUAAAUAUUAAAGACAUGUGUUAACCACUUCAAUUUUGUUUCUGACUGGUUUUAAAUGUAUAAAUAUGUUCUACAUGCCUUGGUCAUAGAUUAUUGGCCUUUAAGUUAUUGGAUAUGGUUAAAAAAUUAUAACAUCUAUAACAAGAAGUUGACAUAAAACUGAUAAUUUAUAUAGAGUCAUUCUAGACAAUAUGUGACAUGAGCCGACCUAGAGAAACAGGUCUAAAUUGAGAUAAUAUUUUUAUAGAACUCUUAUCCUAGAAGCCAGGCACCCCCAAAUUACAGAAUGUAAAAUUGUGUUGGAAGUUUUUAAAAGAUUUCAUGAUUCUUUCAAUUUAAUUUCUGAUUCUGCUUAUGUAGUUAACGCUGUGCGCUCACUUGAAAUUACAGGGCCAAUUAGGUUGACUAGUACUAUAUGUCAAAUUCUUUUAGAAUUACAAAAAUUAAUUUGGACCAAGAAAAAAUAAGUUUUUCAUACAACAUAUUCGAGCUCAUACUAAUUUGUCUGGUCCCAUGGCCAGUAAUAACGCUUUGGUGGAUGCUAGUACUCGCAGAGAAUUUAUUUUUCAUGCAGCUCCAGUUGAUCUUGCUAGAGAAUUUCAUCAAAACUUUCAUGUUCCUGCUUUCACUCUUCAACAAAAAUUUAAAAUUAAAAGCUACAGCUCGUGAUGUAGUAUUACGUUGCCAGAAUUGUGUUCAGUUUCACCACCCUCCUCAGGUGGGAGUUAACCCUCGUGGUCUGAUUCCACUAAAACUCUGGCAGAUGGAUGUCACACACAUAUCUCAAUUUGGAAAUUUAAAAUAUACACAUGUUUCUGUUGAUACCUGUUCUGGCAUUAUACAUGCCACUCUGAUGACUGGUGAAAAGGCUCCUAAUGCCAUUAGUCAUUGCUUAGAGGCGUGGACAGUCUGGGGAAAGCCUGACAGCCUCAAGACAGACAACGGACCUGCCUACACUACAAAGUCUUUUCAGACAUUUUGCCAAACAAUACAGGUCAAACAUAUACAGGAUUGCCAUACAAUCCCCAAGGUCAAGGAAUUGUAGAAAGAGCACAUCGUACUUUAAAAGAGCUCUUACAAAAACAAAAAGGGGAAAUUGCCUAUGGCAAAACACCAAGAGAACAGUUGUCUUUAGCUCUUUUUACUCUAAAUUUCUUAAUUUUGGAUAUGCAUGGCCGCUCUGCUGCGGAUCGCCAUGCUGCUACUCAACCUAUGACUAAUCAAAUACAGACAGCUGAGACUAUCAAUCAGAUUGUAGACAGAACCGCAGUGGCAUUAGAGAUACAAGAAGAAUUUAAUGCCCACUUGGCAUCUGGCUUUCUAUUAGCUAACCAACGAAUAGAUUUGAUUCAAGAACAAAUUGAGGCAUUAUAUCAUAUGACGCAGCUGUCCUGCGUUUUCUCCUUUAGAGGCUUAUGUGUUACUCCAUUGAAAGCUAACUUUUCUCAGUAUUCUCAACAGAGCAAAGAAAUCUCUAAUUAUUUGAAAGGAAACUGGUCCAUGGGAGCGGAACAAUUAUCGAGACAACUGCUGAUGCAGAUUGCUGUCUUUAACAAAACCAGAAUGGAACCCAUCUCGAUUGGGGAUUUCACCUCGUGGAUCACCAAUGCUUUCUCAUUUUUCAAAGAAUGGGCCGGCAUGUUUGCCUGGGGGGCCAUUGUCCUCUUGGGAUGUGGAGUAUGCCUAUGGCUUUUUUGCCGUUUAAAAUGAGAACAUGCUAGACACAAAGCGAUUGUUUACCAGGCUAUGGCGGCCAUUGAGAGCGGUGCUUCUCCCAGUGUGUGGCUGGCCUCUCUAAAAGAUUGAGAGUUCGCCCUAGAUCAUAUUUUGUCACUGUCAUGUGAAGUCAUUGUAUCCAGAGACGGGCAACUUUCCUCAGGCUCGGACCAACCUAAGACAGGAGCCCGGUGGCGAUAGGGUUAAUUUCCAGUGACGGGUAAGGCCGAGUUUUUAGAGAGGAACGACCUAAGACAGGAGCAAUGACGUGUAUUGACGUGACACCCAGAUCUAGACCAGUCAUAGACAGAGGUGGCCUUGUCCUGUUUGAACAUUCGGGCUGGUCCUAUGCCCCUCUGCUCUGCUUCUCCCCUAAUAUUAAACACACACGUAUAGCCCAGGACGGUGUGUUGUACAUUUCAGUCAUCUCUAGCCAUUGGGGUGCAGUCCUAACUGCAGGAGUGGCUCGUCAUGGCCGGGCUGGGCACUCUGUGAGGCAUGUCUGAUCACUCUCAGACCACUACCUCCACCUAAUGGACUCAUCUUUUAAUAAAACAAAAAAGAGGGAGAUGUUGGGAGCAUUUAUCUAUAGCACUGACAUCUAGUGGUCGCUUGUAUUACUACCACCUUUAGCUUUCUUCUGACAUCUUUACUAGGUCAUAGUUGAUAAGCAUGUUAAUAAGAUGUCUUUACUCCACCAAUCCCCCGAGGACAAGUCCUUAGCCAUGCUGUCUGUUUUGUACUUAAGGCAAGUGCCUUUGUUCCCCGGGGUCCCCGUACUAUCAAUUAGGUGUUCCUGCAAUAAAGGCUGAUUGAGAAGGA